AAAAAAGAAAAUAAAAAAAUAGAAAAAACUAUAUUUCUCGUAAAAACAUCAGAGAAGUGGGAUUGAAUUUAAGGUAUGGAUAGGCAGAGUGUUGUCUCUCUCGUUUGAGUUUGAAUUUGAGUUUUAGGUUGCAGAAAUGGGGCAAGCUCCUUCCACCCACGGCCACGGCUAUUCUCCCGGCGCCUCCAAUCGCUUUCACGACGACCACCACCUCUGCGACUCCCCCAAUUCCCACCUCCUCGACCUCACCGCCGAGAUCCCCGACGAGUGCCUGGCUCUCAUCUUCCAAUCCCUCCCCUCCACCGACCGAAACUCCUGCUCCUUAGUCUCCCGCCGCUGGCUCUCCGUCGACUCCCAGAGCCGCCACCGCCUCGCCCUCAACGCCUCCUCCUCCCUCUCCCCCCUCCUCCCCUCCCUCCUCUCCCGCUUCGACUCCGUCACCAAGCUCGCCCUCCGCUGCGACCGCAAAUCCGUCAGCAUCGACGACGAUUCCCUCUCCCUCAUCUCCCUCCGCUUCCCCAACCUCUCCCGCCUCAAGCUCCGCGGCUGCCGCCAGAUCUCCGACGUCGGGAUGCUCGCCCUAGCCUCCAAUUGCAAAUCCCUCCGCAAAUUCUCCUGCGGAUCCUGUAUGUUUGGGGCAAAAGGCAUCAACGCCCUCCUCGACAACUCCUCCUCGCUGGAGGAGCUCUCCGUCAAGCGAUUGCGCGGAAUCAACGACGGAUUCGCCGCCGAGCCGAUCGGCCCCGGCGCCGCCGCCGCUUCUCUGAAAUCGAUUACGCUCAAGGAGCUCUACAACGGUCAGUGCUUCGCUCCUUUGAUUGUUGGAUCUAGGAAUUUGAAAACGCUCAAAAUUUUGAGGUGUUUGGGGGAUUGGGAUCGAUUGCUGGAAAGCAUCACUUUGGGGAAAAAUUGUUUAUCGGAGAUUCAUCUAGAGAGGCUGCAGGUGAGCGAUUUCGGUUUAAUUGCGAUUUCCAGGUGCCCUAAUUUGGAGAUUUUUCACCUGGUGAAAGCGCCUGAUUGCUCCAAUUUGGGGAUUUUGGCAAUCGCUGAGAAUUGUAGGGUUUUGAGGAAAGUCCACAUCGAUGGGUGGCGGACUAACCGAAUUGGGGAUGAGGGUUUGCUUUGCAUUGCGAAGAACAGCGCGAAUCUCGUCGAAUUAGUCCUGAUUGGAGUGAAUCUGAGCUCCGCGAGCUUGACUGCGAUGGCGAUGAACUGCCGGAAAUUGGAGAGGUUAGCUCUGUGUGGGAGCGAAACCAUCGGAGACGACGAGAUCACUUGCGUUGCAGAUAAAUGCGUAGCACUAAAGAAGCUCUGCAUAAAGGGGUGUCGCGUGACGGAUUCUGGGAUCGAGGCGUUUGCGUUCGGGUGCCCUAAUUUGGUGAAGAUCAAGGUGAAGAAGUGCAGGGGGGUGACGAGCGAGGUUGCGGAUUGGCUGAGGGCGAGGAGGGUGGCUCUGUCGGUGAGCUUGGACGCCGAUGAGGUGGAGCCUGAGGCAGCCACGGCCACGGCCACGGAUUACGCGCUCGACUUCCCUCCAAUAGGCGAUGCUCCUCCGUCCACGAGGAAUGCAGCAGCGCCGAGGCUCCCGAAUAAGUCCAGGUUUAGCCUUCUUGCUGGAAGGGCGCUUGUGGCUUGUGCUUUUAGAAGGUUAUCAAGUGCUAAUGCCAAUGCUGCUUCAAAUCCAUGGAUAUGAUAUUGUUUUCUUGAUUUAUACAUUACUGGAUUUUCAAUCUUGAUGUUUGUGUGUAAACUGUCCAAUUAAUGUUCAACAUGAUAUGAUUAUAUCUUUGCUUCUUGA